AUGAUCAUCCCAGUGAGCUGCUUCACAUGCGGCAAGAUCAUGGGCAACAACCAGGAGGCCUACCUGGGCCUGCUGCAGAUGGAGCACACCGAAGUGGAUGCCCUGGACACACUGGGCCUGAAGCACUACUGCUGCUGUCAGAUGCUGCUGGCCCACAUGGACCUAACAGAGAAACUUCUGAACUAUGUACCCCUGGAGAAGUGA